GGGGGCAUGUUGCUGAGGCGAUGUUGCUGCGCAAAGGCAAUGAGACUCUUGCAGAAGUCUACCCACAGGCGCUCACAAUGUAGGAAGCGCUCGCUUGAAAACAGAUUGCCACCACACACACUGCUUGUCAGUGACUGAUAUUAUUUGCUUCCAUCUUCGGAGUGUUGAUGGUAAUCUGAUUAAUUUGAGGAAUUUUGGCUCUGAGCAUGGAGGGCUGCUAUCUCCCCGAAUACGAAAGGAUGGAAGCGUGGCUUGACGACCACUUGGAGUUCGCUCACUCCUACUUUGUCAGGAAGGCUACAAGGGAAAUGGUGAAUGCCUGGUUUGCUGAGCGAGUCCACUCCAUCCAGCCCUCCUCAUCAUCCUCCUCCUCGUCAUCCUCCAAAGAAACCCUUACACCUCAGAGACCCACCCAGCCCUCAGACAGUCCCUGCCUAUCCUUCUCCCUGCCCCCUUCCCUGGGCCUGAACGACGGGCGCUCUCCCUCCCCGUCCCCCAGCCCUGCUCCUAGCACCCCCACCCGCAAGAUCUCUGCAUCUGAGUUUGACAGGCCACUGAGGCCCAUCGUGGUCAAGGACGCGGAAGGCUCACUAACCUUCCUCUGCGACGCCGAACCCGACCGAGGCGACAUCCGGACGCCCAUGCCCUUCAGAACCCAGCAGGGAGGGGUCGGGCUUGGCAUCCCUGCAGGGAUGAUGGACGAGGUGGGCAGUGCCCGGGGGUUGGACCGCUGUGCCAGGCUGUUGGAGUUGGUGAAGGAUGUGUCGAGUCACUUGGACGUGACGGCUCUGUGCCACAAGAUCUUUCUGCACAUCAACGAGCUGAUUGCUGCCGACCGCUACUCCCUCUUCCUGGUGGGCGAGGACAGCUCCAACAGGAAGUUCCUGGUGAGCAGGCUGUUUGAUGUUGCCGAGGGCUCCACACUGGAGGAGGUGUCCAAUAGCUGCAUCCGCCUGGAGUGGAACAAGGGAAUUGUGGGUCACGUGGCGGCCACGGGCCAGCCCCUCAACAUCAAGAAUGCUUACGAGGACCCCAGGUUCAAUGCAGAGGUGGAUCAGAUUACAGGCUACAAGACCCAGAGCAUCCUGUGUCUGCCCAUCAAGAACCAUAGAGAAGAGGUGGUAGGAGUGGCUCAGGCCAUCAACAAGAAGUGUGGAGAGAACGGUACUUUCACUGAACAGGAUGAAAAGGACUUCUCUGCCUACCUGGCCUUCUCCGGGAUCGUCCUACACAACGCCCAGCUCUACGAGACGUCCCAGCUGGAAAACCGACGCAAUCAGGUGCUGUUGGACCUGGCCAGUCUGAUCUUGGAGGAGCAGCAGUCUCUCGAGGUGUUACUGAGGAAGAUAGCAGGCACCAUCCUCUCCUUUAUGCAGGCCCAGGGCUGCACUGUCUUCAUAGCUGAUGGAGACUCUAUGAACUCCUUCUCCAGCGUGUUUCACAUGGAAUACGAGGAGCUGGGAGAGGCCAUAGACGUCCCCAAAAGGGACUGUGACGUGAGUCAGAUAAACUACAUGUAUGCCCAGUACGUGAAGAACACCAUGGAACCUCUGAACAUCUCUGACGUCACCAAAGACCAACGCUUUCCCUGGAUGAGUGAAAACCCAGAGCACCCCAGUAACCAGAUCAAGAGUUUGCUCUGUACUCCUAUCAGGAACGGGAAGAAGGAUAAAGUGAUAGGUGUGUGUCAGUUGGUGAACAAGAUGGAUGAGGCAUCGGGGAAGGUGAAGUCCUUCAACCGAAACGAUGAACAGUUCCUAGAGGCCUUCGCCAUCUUCUGUGGACUGGGUAUACAGAACACCCAGAUGUAUGAAACAGUGGAGAGAGCCAUGGCCAAACAGGAGGUCACAUUGGAGGUCCUCUCGUAUCACGCCUCUGCUGCAGAGGAAGAGACACGGGCGCUGCAGGUAACCGCGGCAGCCACUGUUCCGUCAGCCCAGUCUCUGCGCCUGAUGGAGUUUAGCUUCAGUGACUUUGAGCUGUCCGACGCUGAGACCACUCAGGCCACCAUACGCAUGUUUGUAGACCUCAACCUGGUCCAGAACUUCCAGAUGAAAUACAAGAGUCUGUGCCAGUGGAUCCUGAGCGUAAAGAAGAACUAUAGGAAGAACGUGGCCUACCACAACUGGAGACACGCCUUUAACACCUCCCAGUGCAUGUUCGCCCUGUUCAAAUCUGGCCAGUUACAGAGCAAUAUGAGUGAGCUGGAGAUCCUGGCCUUGAUGAUCGCCACCCUGAGUCACGACCUGGACCACAGAGGAGUCAACAACUCCUACAUACAAAGGAGUGACCACCCCCUGGCCCAGCUCUACUGCCACUCCACCAUGGAGCACCACCACUUUGACCAGUGUCUCAUGAUCCUCAACAGCCCAGGGAAUCAGAUUCUGAGCAGUCUGUCUCUGGAUGAGUACAAGGCCACUCUGAAGAUGAUCGAGAGGGCUAUUCUGGCAACGGACCUGGCUCUGUACAUGAAGAGGAGAGGAGAGUUCUUUGAGCUGACCAAGAACAGCCAGUUUGUCUGGGACGAUGACUACCAUAAAGACUUACUGAGGUCAAUGCUGAUGACCGCAUGUGAUAUUUCUGCCAUUACCAAGCCUUGGCCAAUACAGAAGAGGAUAGCCGAGCUAGUGGCUACAGAGUUCUUUGAGCAAGGGGACAAGGAGAGACAAGAACUCAACAUUGAGCCAAUAGAUCUGAUGAAUCGGGAAAAGCGGGAUAAGAUUCCGAGCAUGCAGGUAUCGUUCAUCGAUGCCAUCUGUACACAGUUGUAUGAGACCCUGGCUGGUAUGUCUGAGUCCUGUUCGCCACUACUCGAGGGCUGUCAGAAGAACAGGCAGAAUUGGAAGAUUCUGGCCGAACAGGGCGACAAAGGCUUCUUCAACGGAGUGGUGUAGAAGUAGUCAACGUCCCUCCUCCAUCCAUCCUCCAUCACUCCAUCCCUACACCACCCCACCCCCGAGCAGACGACAUCAACACUAAGCUAUAUUUAUAACCAUAGUCUUUUUUUUUCUUGCACAAAGUCCUCUCCCUACAUGAAGGAAGUCUCACUACGGUAUAUCCCUGAGUCUGAGGAAGUGAAGUAGACUGAACAGGAGAGGUUUGCGUGUGCACGGCUACUAUCGGGCCUACUGACCCGGGUUCAAGCAGUAUUUGUAAUCUCUCAAAUAACUUGAGCUUGCCCGGAGUGCCAGAUGGGCGGGGCAGGAUUUGUACAAUGGAUUAUUCCAUUGGUGCCACUGCACCAGGAGAGCACCAUUAAAGACUACAAAUACUAUUUGAACCCAGGUCUUAGUACAGAUACAACUUUAUUUUCUACACACCAUACAGCACCACAGUAGGAAGCUUGUUUUGUAACACCAGGGUGCAGGCACACACCAAAGGUUUUGAGAGAAGGUACAUUUUUGUAACAUUGUCACUCGUUAUAACUAUUGCAUAUUUAUGUUUUAUAUAUUUAUUAGUUUUCUAUACUGUAUCGUCAUUUUCGUGUUGAGAACACACACACACACACACACACGUCUUUAUAAAACGAUGUAUGUUUCAUUACCAAACGAUCCAAAUGUCUCUGCUUUGAAAAGUUCACUCGACCAUCCAUUCAUGUGUGUGUUUCUAGGGGUUGUAUUAUUUUAACUUUGCAAAUUGUAAAGGAGCCAAAGACUAGACACGUGGUCUAGAAGAUUCCACUGCCUUCCUGUGACAUGAUAGGUAAUGAGGUCCAAUUUAUGAGGUCCAAUUUCACAAGAACCUACUUGUAUGUAGACACUUGUUGGCCCUCAUUAUGGACCAGCCCAGCAGGUGGUCAUUUUUUUUUUAAACGUGUUGAAUGAGGCUGGGUUGUCUCGUCGAAAGCAGAGCUUGACAGUCGGAAGCCCAAAAUCUAUUUGCAAUAUUGUCAGUCUACCUUGAGGUAAUUUGUAUUUAUAGUGGAACAUUUUAAAAUGGCAUUAUAGAAUUGUUUAUUUUUUACAUUUCUUCCAAUACAGGGAAUGAGAGGACUGAAUAACCACAAACUCUCUUUCAAUCAGAAAAUGACUUGUCUUUCUCUAAACUUUCUGCCUCCAACAUUUACACAAUUUACUAUAGUACUUUUCAGGUAGAGAAAUGUGAACUGCAUCAGUCAUUCACAGGAGAAACUCAUCCAAAUGUUACUUAACCAUGUCCUAACUUGCAGCACUUAUCCGUGUAGACGUGCGUGGUCACUCCGAGGACCACAGUUGUUACUGUGGUUGUAUUUUGUACUUGAAGAAGUUUCCAGAAAUACCAUUGUUCCUGAAUUUGUGCUUUAAUUUUUUCAAAUUUUUUUUUUUAAAGGGGAUAGUUGCUUUUCUUUUUUCAAUUCCACACAGCUUUGGUCUCCGAUUGGUAUUUCUAGAAAAUAUGUGUUAUUUCACCAAUGAUAGACCUGUGUGCUGCAUGUGAAGUUACAGAAUUCUAUAAAAAGGUGGCUAUGUGCAGUCACAGGACAGCAGCCCUGUGGGUUAUUAGUGGAGGCUGAGGUAAUACGAUAUGUAUCGCGGUUCCGUGUGAAGACAAAGGGGUUUCCCAGUCCGGCUCGUCGACUCUGAAGAACACUGAGACAAGUUGAAUGGUACAUCCCAUUAAAAAGGAUACUGCUUA